CUAGGCUGUAUGUUUGCAGGCAUGGUGAGAAUUCUGUUGAAUCUCCCCUUGCUCCUCCAUCCCACAAAAUUUUGAUAGCGCUAGAGCCAACAUUCCUAGUGUUUUUAGUAGUCAUGACAACUUACCUAAUCUUUGCAUUGUCUUCUCGGCAUGCAGAUUUUUAGGAAGGAAACAUUUUUUUAUGGUCGCGACAACCACGACCAGCUUGUAAAAAUUGCUAAGGUUCUUGGUACAGAUGAAUUAUAUGCAUAUUUAAACAAGUAUAACUUGGAGCUGGAUCCCCAACUUGAAACCCUUGUUGGCAGGCACAGCAGGAAACCGUGGUCCAAAUUUAUCAAUCCUAAUAACCAACAUUUGAUUUCUCCGGAGACUCGUCUUUCCCAUGAACAGGCCAUUGAUUUCCUUGAAAAGCUGCUUCGCUAUGACCAUCAAGACAGGGUUACAGCAAAGGAAGCAAUGGCUCAUCCCUAUUUCCAUCAAGUGAGAGCAGCAGAGAACAGCCGAAUGCGGACACAAUAAGUUGCAGAGGAGGCCAGACCCAUCAACCUCAGGCUCCCCCCCUGCCCUUGUUCUUUUCUAGCAACUUGAUGCCGAUCCUUGUUCCAUUGUACAAAAAGCAAUGAUUACCAGCGCAUGAACUGAAGCCUUUGUUUGAGUCUAGAUUCAUGAACGGCUUUUUCUUCAGUUUCUGGGGAAUCUUGUGCUUGCUUGCUUCUGUCUUUUAAGUAAAAAUUGUGGAUCAAUCAAAAGCAUAUAUACUUUGAUAAAGCCUACCAACUUGUUGUAAACCCCUAUCUAUCUCACCUAUAAUGGUUAAAGUUUCUGCCUUUCAACCAAAAAGGUUACCAACUCAGUCAUUGAUCCUUAUCUCAUGGCAAAAGUUGGAUUCGAGCCACCGUCCAGUCUAAAGGUCAUCUUUUUUCUCUCCACCAGCUGCAAUCUGCUGUUCUUUUCCUUGAGAAACAACGGGAGAGUAGAUGGGUGGACAUUUUUAUUUUCGCAGUGGCCAAUAAACAUCUGCUUCAUUCAUGUUUCAUCGGUGGACAAACUGAUCAUACAUGCUAAUAGAUAAGCUAAUCUCUCUCUCUCUCUCUCUC